CACAACUGAAACGGUGUGCUCAACUAAAAAUUCGGUGCGGUACAACGGAACAACAUUAUUCGAUGUGAUUUUCUUUUUUUUGAGUCCUGAAGUAGCGUUCGCUUCUAUCGUUCCAAACUAAAUAUUUGUGUUGUUUGGAAGUUCGUUGUAUUUUUCAUUGAAUGUAUAUUUUUUUUUCUUUUUGGGUAAAAUUUACUUGUGUCUUUUAGUGUAAUCCAAAAAGCGAUAUUUAUAUGAACCAUAAUAGCAUAUGCGAAUCUAUGUAAAAAACGCCGACAGAAUAAGAAUAAUAACAAAUAAUGUACCGUGGAAAACAAUGUGAAUUGAAGUAAAACGACAACGACUUUGCAUGUGAAGAAAAUAAAGUUCUUGGCUCUUGGUAUUAUUGCUGCCGAUUUUUCUCUUCAGAUUGUUAUUGUUGUUUUUUUUUUUUCGAAUGUAUAUUAUCAUCGGUGACAGUCACUUUUGGCAAUAUUUACCUAAUUUAUAGUUUGAGUGUUCCAUACAAUUAAAUCACAAAACAAAAAAGAAUAAUUAUUUGUGUGAUUCGUGCACAUUUUCGGCGAAAAAUUCAAGUGUUACCCAUGUGAAUUGAUUUCUUUUGUGCGAACGUGUGUAUUUGCGUGUCUGUGGCGAACUUGAAUGAAAAUCGGGCAGAAGUUCAUGUACGGAUAAAUUUGUGUUGAAAUGUUGUACAAAACCACUUGAAGUCCAAAACUAACCGAAUCAAUAUCUCACGAUCAUUUGACAAAAAGGAGUAUUCAGAUUGAAUGAUUAAUAAGGGCAACAUGACGAGCAACCAUUCAUCAAGCAGUGGCAGCAGCUCAUCGUCAACACACCCAGUUCAAGGCGAAGAACGAUUAAUGGUUGCGGUUCGCGUUCGACCACCAAUCCAUCUCAAAGACGAGAAAUGCAUUCAAGUUUUUUCAAAAAAGUCACUGUACUUCGAUGAUGGUCACAAUAAACCGAAAAAAUAUAUGUAUGAUUAUGUAUUUGCCGAGGAUUCGACACAAGAUGAAGUAUACCAAACAACCACAUCGCCACUUAUCAAAGACGUUCUCCGGGGGUAUAGUGCGGCUGUAUUUGCAUACGGUGCUACUGGAUCAGGUAAAACCCAUACAAUGCUCGGUCCAAAUCCACGAAAAGUAGUCGGCACACCGACAUCAUCAACUGCCGAAUUUCCACCAAAAACCGCAAUUUCGGUUCAAACACAAUCAACGGACGGCGGUUUAAUGGUAAAAGCUAUGGAUGAAAUCUUUCGACAUGUCGAACAGGCCGACCACCCCGAAUCAUUCAAGGUGUCUAUUUCGUAUUUGGAAAUUUACAAUGAACUCAUCAAGGAUUUAUUGAAUCCAAGCGGUCCGCUUGAAUUGCGAGAAGAUAAUAGAGACAAACGAACAACCGUAACUGUUGCUGGUUUAUCUGAAAUAAUUGCGACCAAUCGACAAGAAGUGAUUUCAUUAUUGAUAAGAGGUAAUAAAGCGCGCACGAUGGAGCCAACAGCUGCCAAUCAAACAUCAUCACGAAGCCAUGCAUUGCUCAGUGUAACCGUACAACAUUCAACACCAUUGGGCACGAAACAAGGACGUUUAUAUCUCACCGAUUUGGCUGGCAGCGAACGAGCAAAAAAGACAAAAAAUCGAGGAAAGCGUUUACAAGAAGGUGCUCACAUCAAUCGAAGUCUUUUGGCUCUCGGCAAUUGCAUCAAUGCACUAUCCGAUGGUGCCAAAUAUGUUAAUUAUCGUGAUUCGAAAUUGACCCGACUUCUAAAAGAAGCGCUCAGCGGACGAUGUAAAACUGUUAUGAUUGCACACGUUUCACCCGAAGCCCAACACCGUGACGAAACGAAAAAUACGCUCAUUUAUGCAGAUCGGGCGAAUCACAUAACAACACGACUACAGAAACCGGAAUUAAUGGAGGAAACCGUCGAAUUUCCGCUAAAUCAUUAUCAACAUUUGGUAACCGAACUGCGAGAAGAGGUGACACGGUUGAGAUCAAAAAUGCUCACCGAUCGCCCGAGAAGUGGUAUUGCGGCUGCCGUGCUCACCAGUCCAAAUGCAAUUGAAGAACAAACGAAAAAAUCCGAACUCAGAUAUUUACGUGAACAAAUCGUGCUAACUUUUAAACAGCAAAUGAAACUUCGACGACGUCUGCUUGAAGCUGAAAGUCAUUUACUUGGCCUUGAAUUGGACGCUGAACGCCAACAUAUGGUCAUUUCACAUUGGCAAGGUCGUAUGGGAAAACUAUAUGAUACUGGUCCUGAUCAGAGCGAUGAUAAUGAUUCGGAUUCCGAAGGUAAUAUCGCAUUAAAAUCAGCAUGGAGUGAAUUGGCGGCAAUUGAACGAGAAGCAAAAAGAUACAAGGAAAUUCGCGAACAAACCGAAAAAGAUUUGGAGUUGUGUCGUCAAAAAGGUGUUGCAUUAGAAGAUGAAUUGCCGGAACGGAUAAGUAGCGACGAUGAACGUGAAUUGUUGGCACUUUUAUGUCGAGUACACGAACUUGAAGCUGAUAAGGUUUCAUUGCAAGCUGACCGAUUAGCACGUCAAGCGGAACUGCGACGCAGAGACUUACAAUUACUACGGGCUGAACGUCAGAGACGUUUAUGCGAGGAUAUAAUAUCGACACAACGAAAACUCAUCGAAGAUGGCAAAGUUGAAUUACCCGAAGAAUUACGUGAAUUGUACUCAUUGUACCAACAAGAAAUUCAUGCGAGCACAUACAAUGGCACUCUAUCUCCACCACGGGACUUAUAUGAUCGAAAGCUUCCACCGAUCUAUUCAAAAGGCGAACGAUCGCCGGGAAGUUCAUCGUCUAGUUCGGAUUGGUCGCUAUCUCCAUUGCCAGCCAUCGAACAAAAGCAAACAACACAAAAUGACAAUCCGGAUCGUUUAAUGGGAGCACCAGUAGUGCCACGACUUCCAUCGAUACUAAAAAAUCAACCCGCCAGCCGGUUUAGCGAAAACCAAAGCGCACAAAUUGACGAAUAAUUUACGUGUGCAUGAAAUGCUAAUUAUUUUUUAUUAACGUUCGAUCAUAAGUAUAAUCUAAUUAAAAAAAAAAACAAUUGUAGGCAAAUGAAUGCAGCCAAUCAAUCUGAAUGGCCAGUAUUGCUCAAUGUAAGUAGAUUUGUUACACGAAAAAAAUUGUAUAAAUUAGAUUGUACGCAAAUAUUUUGAUGAUCCAUAAAGUGAGCCAUUUACAAUUUGCUAUGCAGCAUAAUAUGUCACCGGUGAUGAUCUAUUGUUAUUGUUAUUGAAAACGAAAAGAAAAUGAAAUGUUUGUGGUUGAAAUGAAACAAUAUCGAAGACCAAACCAAACUCAUAUGUUCUUCAUCAGAUACUUUAAUGUCAAUUUCUCGCACAAACAAUUAACUAGGUCAAAAGCGCAACAAAAUUGCAAUUAAAAACUGUGUUUCUUUCAGACUUCCAUGUAAUGCAUAACAUAACAUUCCAUGACAAUACAUAUUAGCAACGAAAUUCUUCAACGAUUUCGAUAAGAAUUUUCGUGUUGUUUUUUUUUUGCUCCCAUUCUGUCGCCGUUGUCCAACGAUAGAACAUUUUGCUCCAUUGUUAACAUAAAUUAUUUCUUAGA